AUGGGACCUACAGGCCUUCUGUCACUCCCCACUGAGAUCCAGCAGAAAAUUUACAAAUACCAUUUCGAAGAUGUCAGCAUCACGGUCGAUGUCAGUCCACAGCCAUACACCACACCCAUGGGCCGUGGGGUCAAAACGAACAUCAGCUUCCCGGAUCUGGUCAACCAAUAUGCCCUUGUACUGACAUGCCGGACGCUAUACACGAUCGCGAAAUCAUAUAGGAAAUAUGCUGGCUUGACGCUGGAUAUCAGAGAGUACACAAUGUCUCCGUUCAUAGACCACCUCAAACGAGCGAUUCUGGCGCAACCGCAAUUGCUCCGACUGUUCCAGAACUGUAUAAGACUGGUACUGUGGGGGAUGGAUGGCGAGGUCUUCAAUGACUUGAGACAGUGGAUGCCGAUGCUGAGAACACUGCGACUCGUCGACGUACAUGUUGAUUAUCCUGCUCCUCCGCCUCUUUGGUUCAAGAAUCUGAGUGAUCUCUCGCGUUUUAUCUCCGGAAAUGGGAAAGAGCUUGAGGAUGAGACGCAAGGAAAUUACGAGCAGCUCAUUCGCACGAAGGGAAGUUGGGCUGUUUCUUCUUGUCUUGCAAAGUUCACUGGUCAAGACUUUGAGCACAGAAGACCACAGCCAGUAUCCCUUGCUGGACUCGAUACCGAAGUUGCCAUCGUCCGUUCCGACUUAUAUACCAUCGGGAACGAUAUGUCAUGGGCCUUAUUGAUCACUGUAACGGCAUCGGCGCCAGGUGGUCGCAAGUGCAUCAUGGCUAGGCGAGCCGAUGACUGGCUGCGCCUCUCACCGCCGGAAGACAAGCUCUUUGAGGUUUGUAAAAGAGCUGUAACUCAGCUGGCGCUGAAGAGGAAGGUCACCACCUCGAGAAACUGGUUUGAGUGGUCGCUGGUCGAGUAUCAAGGCCAGCGACCACUGUGGAGAGAAACAGUCGAUGUGAACGCUCGAUGGAUCAGAGCAGCCAACUUGCCGAGCUGUUUGCAAGAUAUAGUAUGA